ACCUAUCUGGACUCUGAUCAUGCCCUUGUUUGUGCUAAUAUUACCUCGCGCUUCAGUGACCAACAGAUUCAUCUUCCUAAACAGAUCGAUGUCAACAAACUGGUUGCAGCUUCUGUCGCAACUAAAUAUCAAACCAAGCUGGGUUCAAGGCUAGCUACCAUCCCUCCGAAAAGUAUAGUUGAUCAUUGGUUGCAGUCGCAUAACUGCAUAAAAUGAUGAGUAAAGUCACUUGCAGCUUCUCGAAACGUCCCACUUAUAAUCAAUGGGUUUCUGCAGGCCUCUUGCAACUCAUUGAAGCACGUCAGUCUACUCCGGGUGACCGCGGAUUUGAAUAUAAACGAAAAUUGUUACUUAGUGAAAUUGUGCAACCCUUGCGUAAAGAUCGAGAAGCUUGGUGGUCGGAGCGUGCUAACGAGUUGGUAGCAGCAGCUGCAUUUGGUAACUGCCGAAAGCUUUUUCAGCUCAUCCAAGUCACUGGGAGCAAGAAGUCUGGUGUGAAUGAGACAGUCUGUGAAGAUGACGGAAUACCGAUCACUAAAUCUACCGACACCUUGAACAAUGGGCAGAGUUUUUUGAGGGGCAGUUUAACUGGUUUGCUGCUUCGGACACCUCGAUCAGUCUGUCCUUCCCUCCAUAGCCUAUGACGACUGAUCCACCUAAGGAGGAGGUCUGCAAGGAACUCCAACUCUCGAAGUGCCACAAAUCAGUGGGUCCAGGUGACUUACCUCCGGCCCUUUUCAAAUAUGGUGGGAACUUUCUGGUUAUGGAACUGACUGAGUUAUCUACAAAGGUCUGGUAAUUAGAGAGUGUUCAAACAUCGUGGAAUGAGUCGAUAGUUGUUCCUAUCUUUAAAAAGGGUUCACAUCAUCGAUCCAACAACUAUCGGAGGAUACGUCUACUUCCAAUCGCGUCGAAACUGUUGGCUUCCUUCAUACUUCGUAGGUUGUUCAAAA